UGACUCGCCAACCGGCGACAGAACACUAAGAAGAAGAGGCAGCGGUCAGAGGUGAAAGUUGAAUUCAGUAAAAACAUGGUUGAGCACGGGGACAUCCGCGUGGUUCACCGAGGUGGCAGUAAAAUAAACUUCAGGGAGCCUGUCAUAACCAAUGAUUCAAGGUUCCUGCUGUGCGCCUCAGGAGAGUGUGUGAAGGUGUUCAGCACCUCCACGGAGGAGUGCAUCCACGACCUGCGGGGACACACCGACCUGGUCACAGGUGUGCUGCUCAGACCCUCCAACCACUUGCAGGUUUACUCUUGCUCAGCAGAUGGCACUGUCAGACUUUGGGACUUCACAGACGGCAUCCUCAUUAAGACUUACGUCAUUGGAUACCCGAUUUACUCCAUCCACGCAUCUGCAAACCACGAAGGAGUCAUCUUUAUCGUUACUCCCACACUAAGUGACAAAAGAUCUGAGUUAUUCCAGCUGGUUGCGGUACAUCUGCCACAGAGUGGAGAACAGCUGGUGGAGGCCCGAGAGCUUUCUGCUGUGCUCAGCGAUGUCAGCUCCAAGUCAGCGGCCAUCGUCUUCGGCAGAGGGGGGGAAUAUAUUGCUUCGGCUAAAGGUUUGCAGCUGGAGGUCUACUUCUUCAAGAAGCAUAAGUCAUACAGGUUUUCCCUCAAAGAAGACAACAAGAAGGGAGGCAAGAACACAUUCACAUGUGUUGCCUGUCACCCAAAAGAUGACUGCAUUGCCACUGGGCAUGAAGAUGGCAAGAUUCGCUUGUGGAGAAACUUCAACCACAAGAAGGAGUACACAUACUCCACCCUGCACUGGCACCACAGUGCUGUCAGCUCACUGUGCUUCACCCCAGAAGGCACCAACCUGUUGAGUGGAGGCUUGGAGUCUGUGCUCGUCCAGUGGCGAUACAACCAAGAGACCCAGCGGGACUUCCUGCCCCGCCUGGGCGCUGCCAUCACACACAUUGUCGUCUCACCUGAUGGAGCGCUUUUCUGUACCUCACACAGUGACAACAAGAUCACAAUCAUCCAGAGUUGUGUUAAAGUGUCAGCUGUCAUUCAGGGCCUGGUCAAAGGAGAAAGUGUCAGGACAGACUUGAUGGUGGACCCUCACAGCAAAUCCCUGGUGCUUAAUGGGAAACCAGGCCACCUGCAGUUUUACUCCCUCCAACGAGACAAACUGCUGUACAACCUGGACAUAGUGCAGCAGGAGUACAUUCAUGAGUCGGGCCUGGAGCAGUUUGAGGUGGUCAAGGCAGCCUUCGAUGCCUCUGGCAACUGGCUGGCAACAGUGGAAGAAAGAAAACAAAAAGUUGCUGAGCUGGAGCUUAACUUGAAACUGUGGUUAUUUGAUGAACAAACACAGAGUUUUGUGCUGAACACGACCAUCUCGGCCCCCCACGAGGCCCGGAUUACAGCCAUGUGCUUUUGCCACGCCACCAACAGCCAGACCACCAUGCUGGUCUCCACCAGCAAAGAUGGACACUUCAAAGCCUGGCAGCUGGCCGCACCAGCCGACACAGAGGCAGACGAAGGUCCUUCCUGGUCGUGUGAUUUCGUCGGAGCCUAUCAUGGCCUGGUGCCUGAGUGCUGCUGUUUCUCAGCCGAUGGUUCUCUGUUGGCCGUCAGCUUCCAGGAGGUGGUGACUGUGUGGAGCCCGGCCUCCUGGGAGCUCCUGACAACUCUGUCCCAGCCACCAGGAGCUAUUAGGGAUCUUUGUUUUGGGCGACUAAGCUGUUCCAAGUAUCUGCUGGGAACCACCGCCAAAAACCUGCUCUGCUGCUGGAACCUCCUCACCUGCUCAUUGGAGUGGAGCACCUCGAUGGACAUCAGCCUGCUGCUGGCUGACCCCCUCUCUGAGAACAUGGCUGCCUUCUGCUGCCAGGCCGGAUGUACUGACUUGUUCGUGUUUAAGCCCAGCGAGCCUCGGCCGCUGUUUUCCCAUAAAGCCGUGUGCUCAGGGAAGGUGACUCGCGCUGUCUUUGCCCCGAGGGAGGAGAUGCUGGAGAGCUGUGAGGAGAGCAGCCAGUGGCUCAACUGCUCCCAGCUGUACUUCCUCACUCAGUACAUGGACCUCAUGACAUUCACCACCAAGGCGGAGGAGGACAGACUGAUGGCAUCAAGCAAACAGCUUGUGAUCGACGACAGUGUCGCCAUGACACCAUUCUACCUGUUGCUGGGAAAACACAGACAACAGGGAAAUCAGGACGCACUGAGCAGCCUGUCUGCUGAGAGAACACCUCUGCCACAGGGCUCUGUUGCUAUCAAAGAGCUUCUGCAGACCCCGGCCCACGUCUUGCCCUCCACCUCUUUCCUCUGCUCCAUGUUUGUAAAGUCUCUGCUCAUCUCCGUAACAGAUGCCAGGCAGGAAAAUAAACACGCAGAGGAGGAAAUGGAGAGUGAGAAAGAGGAAGAAGAUUCAGAGGGGGAAAUGGAAUCCAGCACUGUGAGAGCAGAGUCUCUGGGAGGCCAGGCAGCAGAGUCUGCAGCCCCCGUUCUGACAAAAGCCCAGCUUAGGGAACUGAGGAGGGUGAAGAAACUUGACCACAGCUGGCUCGCAGGCCUCUUGGACUCUUGAACAUGACCAUGUACAAAGACAGACACUCAUACUGAUACAGUGCCUAUAGAAAGUUUUCACCACAUCAAUGGAUUUUUUAUUUUUUUUUAAAUGUUUUAUGAGUGGAAAGAAUAAAAGACGAUGUCAAAGUGUAAACACAUACAAAAGAGAAAAAACUGAUUGCGUAAGUACCUGCUUGGCAGCAAUGACAGCCUUGAGUCAGUGUGUGGAUCAGUUUGCACAUUUGAACAAUAAAAAAAAAAAAUUGCCCCAAUUUUUCUCUGUUGGAGAGGCAGCUGAGGCUCUGUUGGACGGGGAUCAUGUGUGAACAGCAGUUUCUGCCACAAACUCUGGACUGGAUUCUGACUCGACCACUGCAGAAUAUUAACAUUAUUGUUUUUAAGCCAUUCCUGUGUAGCUUUGGCUGUAUGUUUGUGGUUGGUGACUCCCAAGUCACUGUUCUCUUGCAGCCUGCAGCAGGACUUCUCUGUAUUUCACUGCAGUUCUGGGGCCUCUAUCACCAAAUUUGCAACAUGCAAGCUGUGAUGUGAGAAAAUUUGCCCUUUCUCUAUUGCUAUACUUGCAAUCCAUGCACAAGCAUGCAAGAACUCUGUAGGACUUCAAAUGUAUCAGCAAUUUGGAAGCUCCAAUCUUUUGAGAAAAGUGAAACUGCCACCAUUUGUGAUCUGUGUAUAAGCAGUCCUUGCUAAUCCCUUUUGUAAAACGGGUCCCUGUUACCAUCUUCACAAGCCUCCCAGUUCCUGCUGCAGAGAAGGAUGCCCAUAAUGCUCAGCAGGAUGGUGCCACCACCAGACUUCAUGCAGGGGAUGGUGUGUUUUUGCCAAUAUAUACAGUCUUUGGUUUACACCUACCAGUUUAGUAUGAUGAUCAAGAAGCUCAAUUUUGGAUUCAAAAGAACUUUUUAUUUCAUUUCAGUGUCCCACAUGCCCGCUGGUAAUCACUAGGUGAGGACGUCGUGUGUUUUUGAAUUACAGAAUUACAACCAGCCAUAUUUCAUCAGUUUUUAUGAUUGGUCUUACUCUACUCUGAGGGAUAUUUAGCGCCUUUUUUAAAUACUUUGUGUCUAGGUUUUCCUCCUAAACUCAAAUGUGGAUGUAUUUCUUUUUUCCUUUUUCAGCAAUUCAUAAUUUCUUUUCUUUUUCAAAUUAGUUGAGCUAUUCCACAAGUACCCCCCUGUUGGGAAUCAUUGGCCUUCCUGAUGUAGUUUUUGACAGGAUAUUAAAUGGAAAACACCUGGAUCUUCCAGAUAAAGAUUUAUUUAACUGCCAUGCGUCGAUUUAAACACACAUGAUCAUCAUUUUACUUCAUACGACUUAAAGCAACUGGUCGCACCGGUGAUGAUUUUGGUAUGUCAUAGUAGAGGGAUUAAGUACUGCAAUCAUUUCUUGUGAUCAAUUUGUAGAGAUAUGUUGAUUUGGGUGAUCAAGUAUUUUUUUUUUUUGUUGCUUUUUUAUGAUCAGUGUAAAAAAUAAAAAAACGAAUCAGGUCCACUGUCAUUUAAUGGUAAAACAUGAAAAAGUCCAAGGGCGGGGUGAAAACUUUCUACAGGCAUUGUAUGCAUGCAUAUAAAUUUGCAAUUACAUUUUUCUAUACUUUAAAAUUUAAUAAACAGAUGUCAGCCUUUCCUUAAA